AUGACACCUAAUACACUGUUAGCUCAGUUGCCACCUCACAUCCAGCAUCAACUGGCCAGUAUGACGAAAGAACGUCUCCAGCAAAUUGUUUCGCGUAUGCAACUACUUCGGUCUCACGGUCACAAUGAGCAGUCUAAUCCAGAGUUUGCAGCAUUAGCCCAGACUCUCAAGACGUUCCAGUAUCUUCAGCAAUUGCGGAUGCAGCAGUUGGCUCCCUCUCAGGCCACGAAAUCAUCUCCGUCCCAAGUGCUGCCACAGAAUGUUUCGCAAGCACCACCAUUGACACAAGCGCAACCUCUGUCAACAACACCUGCGGUACAACCCAGCGCGCCUGACGCAUCCGUACUAACCCAAGACCAAAUACAGGGCCUUCGUACGCAGGUGUCGGCUUAUAAGCAUUUGGCAAGGAAUCAACCCAUGGCCUCUCAGCUUCAGCAUCAAGUAUCUGACUUAUCUGCCACAGACGCAGCCGCAGCUGCAUCUGUGGCCAACAAAGUGUCUGAUGCUGCCGCUGAUUCCCAUGCCGCGCUGGUUGCCACACAUGGUCCGGACAAUCUUCGUAAAGCAGUCUCAGAAGUGGCUUCCGAUGCUGGAGAGUCCUCUAAUGUGCCUCAAGAUGAUCGAUCGAGCCGUGUGUACCCCUACAAUGCCUACCUUCAUCCAUUUACGAUCUUGGCCAAGCCCAGCAUGAAGGGGGGCGAUGAUCUUGCUACAUUGCAGCAGCGCUUGCUCGUUCCUAGCCUGCUACCAGCAGGUAUCGAUGCACACUUGCUUUUGGAAGAACGCGAGCGUUUUAUUCAAACUCGUAUCCAGCAGCGCAUCCGCGAACUUGAAUCUUUUCCUGCCACAAUAGCUCAAGUGCCCACUUAUGAAAGUUCAUCCAGCGAUCCGUCUCAACCCAAGCAUAACAACGCCAAAGUCAAGGCUCUUAUUGAGCUCAAGUCGCUUCAUUUGUUAGAGCGCCAGAAGCAAAUGCGGGAAAAAGUUAUUUCAAGCAUGAACCUAGCUACUUCCCUAGGUCUUGAUCGUUCAGCCUUCCGUCGUGUGCGGAAGCAAGCAUUACGUGAUGCGCGUGUAACAGAACAACUUGAGAGGAAGCAGCGUACUGAGCGUGAACGUAAGGUGAAACAGCGCCAUACCGACUAUUUGACAAUGAUCUGCAAUCACGGCAAGGAUAUGUUGGCUGCUCAUGGUAAGUCUACGGAUCAAGCCAAAAAGAUUGGUCGUAUGGUGCUAAAGUUCCAUGCUGAUACGGAACGUGAGGAGCAAAAACGCAUUGAACGACUAGCUAAAGACCGUCUGAACGCGCUCAAGGCCGAUGAUGAAGAGGCAUAUCUCAAGCUGAUCGACACAGCAAAGGAUACGCGUAUCACUCAUCUGCUACAACAGACUGAUGCCUACUUGGAUAGUUUGGCUCAAGCUGUUCGUGCCCAGCAAGAUGAUGAUUCCCACAUUGACUGGACCACUACUGAUGGAACUGAGGGUGCUGCCGUUGAUGAAACGACAUUUGGUGCUUCGCGGCAAGAUGAUGCUGGCGACGAUAACGGUCGUGUCGACUAUUACUCGGUGGCACAUCGUAUUACUGAGAAGAUUACCGAGCAGCCUUCAAUUCUAGUUGGUGGUAAGCUGAAAGACUACCAAAUGAAGGGUCUUCAAUGGAUGGUGUCUUUGUACAACAAUCGCUUAAAUGGUAUUUUGGCUGAUGAAAUGGGUCUUGGUAAGACCAUCCAGACUAUUUCUUUGAUCACAUUCUUGAUCGAAAAUAAGAAGCAAAAUGGACCAUACCUUGUCAUCGUGCCGCUUUCAACACUCACUAACUGGGCAAAUGAAUUCUACAAAUGGGCACCAUCCGUUACGACUUUGGUAUAUAAGGGCACCCCUAAUGUUCGCAAACAGUUGGCGGGCCAACUCAAGAUGGGUUCUUUCCAGGUCCUGCUCACUACUUAUGAAUACAUCAUUAAAGAAAAAAGCUUGCUGGGUAAGAUCAAGUGGACGCAUAUGAUCAUUGACGAAGGUCAUCGUAUGAAGAACACUCAAAGCAAGCUUGCAGUGACGUUGACACAGUCGUAUUCUAGCCGAUACCGUCUAUUGCUCACGGGUACACCCCUGCAAAACAAUCUUCCUGAGCUCUGGGCCUUGCUCAAUUUUGUAUUACCAAAAAUCUUUAAUUCGGUCAAGAGCUUUGAUGAGUGGUUCAACACACCUUUUGUCAACACAGGUACGGGUGACAACAGCAUGCAGCUUAGUGAGGAAGAAGCAUUGCUCAUUAUCAAGCGUCUCCACAAGGUGUUGCGUCCGUUUUUGCUACGUCGUCUCAAGAAGGAUGUCGAAUCAGAACUGCCGGAUAAAGUCGAAAAGGUCAUCACAUGCCGCAUGAGUGCACUUCAAGUAAAAUUGUACCAGCAAAUGAAACGUCAUAAGGUCAUUGUUGGUGAUGCGGGUGCCGGCAAUGGCAAAGGCAACAAACCGAUGGGUAUUCGUGGCUUGCAAAACGCUAUCAUGCAGCUGCGGAAAAUCUGCAAUCACCCCUAUGCGUUUGAGCAGGUGGAAGCUACGAUUAACCCAACAAAGGAAAAUGGACCUGAUCUAUACCGUGUUGCCGGCAAGUUUGAAUUACUUGAUCGUGUUUUGCCAAAGCUGUUCGCUACUGGUCACCGUGUUUUGAUCUUCUUCCAAAUGACAGCAAUCAUGGACAUCAUGGAGGACUUUUUGCGUUUUCGUGGUAUCAAAUAUCUGCGUCUAGACGGUUCUACCAAGCCCGAUGACCGUUCCGUAUUGCUUAAAUUAUUUAAUGAUCCUCAAUCAGAGUACAACGUGUUUAUUCUAUCAACUCGUGCCGGUGGACUGGGUCUAAACUUACAAUCAGCUGACACUGUCAUCAUCUAUGACUCAGACUGGAAUCCGCACCAGGAUUUACAGGCACAGGAUCGUGCUCACCGCAUCGGCCAAAAGGUUGAAGUACGUAUCUUGCGUCUCGUCACAGAUAAGUCUGUUGAAAAGACUAUCUUGUCGCGUGCCCAGUCCAAGCUUGAAAUCAAUGGCAAAGUUAUUCAAGCGGGCAAGUUUGAUAAUCAGGCCACCGCUGAUGAGCGAGAACUUUUGCUUCGUGCUAUGCUGGAAGCGGAUCAUGAAGAAGAAGAGGAAGACCAGGGCGAGCUCAAUGACGAAGAACUUAACGAGCUAUUGGCAAGAAGUGAAGAGGAAGUGGCUGUAUUCCAACAAGUCGAUCGUGAUCGUAUUGCUGAUGAAGAGACGGAGUGGCGUGCACUUGGCAACACGGGACCCGUGCCGGAGCGUUUGAUCCAGGAAUCGGAACUACCAGAAAUUUACCAGCGCGACUUUGACACCGAAGCUAUUGAUGUCAUUGAAGAAGAGCAGCCACUGACUCGUCGACGUAAUGUUGUUCGCUAUGACGAUGGAUUGACAGAAGAUCAGUUCUUGCGAGCUCUAGAAGAUGAAGAAGACUUGACCGAGGUCGCAGAGAGGAAGCGUGAGCGCGCUGAAAAACGCCGACUUAAACAACUUGGCCAAGAUGACGGGGCCAAGGCGCGCUCAGCAUCGCCUACGAGCCAAAAUACAGGAGAACGCAAACGCAAGUUGGAAGGUAACGAUGCUGAUCAAACUGCUUCUCAAGUGGAUUCUGGGUUUGGUCCGAAUUCUGAUGACACUCCUAAGCGUCGCAAAAUGGAUUCUGAUGCGGGAAGGCUGAAGGAGGCAAUGCUAAAAUGUUAUUUUGCCGUGGAACAAUGUGAGGAGCCGGAGACUGGUCGUUUGCGCAGUGUCUUAUUCAUGGACAUUCCCAAAAAGAAUGAGUACCCAGACUACCAUGUGCUAAUCGCACGUCCUGUAUGCCUCAAGCAGAUCAAACGGCGAAUCGAAACACGCGCAUAUAAGACGUUGGAGGCCUGCAGGAACGACUUCAAGACCAUGUUCAACAACGCACGCACGUACAAUCAAGAAGGAUCAGUUGUGUGGAUUGACGCUCAAGAAAUGGAACAAGUCUUUGAUAAAAGCUAUUCUGCGGCUGAAGCUGAACUAUCUUCGAUUAAAGCUGACCCCGCGUCUGGUGAAGGAGAGUCAGAAUUAGGCAAUACCUCAAUGCAGGAUUCAGAUUCUGUGAAUACGGAACAAAAUACAUCAGACUCACACCGCCAUAAAACGGGUAUGAAAAUCAAGCUAUCUAUUGGAGGCCGUCGAAAACGAUCGUGA